UAAACGCAGAGGCGGUGGGAGUCGCUGUACUCGGGCGUCCACGGCGCAACUAUGGACGAAUCGAGCAAGUGUUGCGAGAAAAAGAACGGCAGUAACAAUGGUCGUGGGACGCACUUCGGCGCGACGUCUACGACGUACGGGUCGAUGGAAGUGGCCGACAAUCCAACAGCGGGUGUAUCGGAACAAGCCCCAGACGUACGGGCAGGCGGUGACCAGAGAGAGAUUGAGGAUAUCGAACUGGCAGCAGGCCUCGCACGGGACAAUGACAGCAUCGUGUGGGACCCAAAGCCUUGCAACUGUGUUGCCGACGGACCGAAGUGCCGCGAGUGCUUGGGAGCGGGGAGGAAUGCCGUAAAGGUGCAAAUGGAGUCUUGGUCCGUGGAGAAGACUGUGAUAUUUGGCAUAAUCCUCGGCGCUUUCUUCAUCUGGGCAGUCGUGUUUGGCAUCUGCCUCAACGUGUUCAAGCUCUAAAGUGCAGUGUCAUUGUAAAUGUCUGUGUUGCACAUUAGAUCUUUAGCUGAAGUGAAACCAUAAUGGAACUACGAUGCUGUCUGUCCAGUGAACUAUUGGUAAUUAGUUGCAAAGCCAACUGUGCAAAGUGUCACUUUAAUGCCAAAGGUUGUUUUAAGUUUCACUGCCAAAGUCAUGAGCAGUGUGUUGUGCAGGGUAACCAAUGGAUAAGGUCGCACAUGUUGUGUUCUGCUUAGCUGAGGAGAGUGUGUUGGGAGGCUAGUUGGUAAGACAUAUUUUUGGGAACUUAAACUGCGCUAGGGAUGAGACAAUGAAGUGGAAGAAGACGGGACAAAGACUACCAACUGCUUUAUUGAAACCACAUUACACUGCAUUAUGGACAAGAUACCGAAGUAGAAGACGGGACGAAUGCAGGUUAACAACUGGUUUAUUGAAACUUGUGGUUUCAGUAAACCAGUUGCUAGUCUGCGUUUGUCAUGUCUUCUUCCACUUCGGUGUUUCGUCCCAGCGCAGUUGAAGUCUCCCAAAGUACUACUUAGUUGAGUUUAUGCUUUGUUUUGUGUACAUGUACCAAUGACUGGAAAAAGAUUAAGCAUUGUGAAACUUUCACUGUGCAGCAUGGAAGUGGUAGCUGCAAUAUGGUAGCAGCACAGAGAUGUGCAUAUUGCAACUUUUGUAUAUAAUACGGGUGCACCUGCUCUCAGGCAUUUGUCUUUUAAUGGCCCUAGUGUUAUAUAUGCUUUCUUGCAGUUGGAAUUAACAGUAAGGUCCACUGCUAGCGGGAAUGCACAGCUAAUAUGCUGCCAUCAGUUAUCACUUUGAUAUCCCACACAAGUGCAUGGAAUAAUUCUUCGGGUAAAAAAUGCACAUUUGAUUGAUUAUACAUACUGCUUCUUUUUAGUUAAGUGUUGCCUUUAGCAGCGGACUGUAAUGUACAAUUUGGGACCCCUGUAUGGAGUCUGUAUCAGGCAGCUUUUGCAACAGAACUGCCAUUCGGCCGUGAACUUGCAAAGAUUUUAAAUGCGAAAGCAUUAAAUGGCGCACGAAGUGGAAAAUUCAGCGGUGUGGCCGGAGGUGCUGCAAGAAGUGACAUGGUGACAGCCAAUCAGAGGGGGCGCAUGGGCCACUGAGUUCCUUGAAGCACCACCAGAUGGAGCUCACCUCUACGCAUGCACCGCACAGCCGGCCAGGCGGGGCAAAGAAAAAGAGAACUAGAAAGCUCGCCGUCGCGCAUAGCAUUCACCAGUAAAGAUUACGGUUGCGUAAGCUGCGGCAACUGUGUGGCCGGUCUAUAUACAGCACCUGUAGCAUCGCGGCGCAGCCAGUUGGUGCACUGAUUUCGGUAAGUUCAGUCAUUCACUGCGAUAAACGACCCUUUGAUCUUGUUCAGUAUCUGUGCCCGGCCCCUUUUAGAUGUCCACACAAUUACACCAACAAGGCCGUGGGGUGAUCGGAGAUAUGUCGCAAUGCUUUUGCAUUCAUUUAUGUAGGAAUACCUAAGUGGCCUUCAAUGUUUUUAUUUUCAUUUCUGAAUGUCUCAGAAAUAUUAGUUUUAAUCAGUUGUAUACAUUGCAUGUUUUAGCAGGAUCUCAGGACGAAAAUACAAAGCAUUGGUGCUGACAUCUGGUGGUGGUGUGUUGAAACCAGGGCUUGUAUAUUGUAAGAAUCUGUUCCAGUCGACUUCAUUCAAUUCUUAUUUUCCAGUGCUCAUGACUGGCCAAUUUUGGUGAUAACAUAGGCAGUGCACUACUUGGAUCACUGACGAAGCUCAAGAAGUAAAAGAAUUAGAAUAGAAUCGGUACAUCAUACUGGUCCAAAAUGGGCCAGAACGCUUUGCUCUUGUAUGGUGCUUCUUGACAUAAAAAGUGUAGUAUUAGGGAAUUAGCACAACUGCAAAUACCUUUGCGCCAGCACAAAAAAGUAUGCAUCUUCAGAAUGCAAUAAAAAGGCCGAUGAAAUGUGGUUGAAUACUUCAUCACAAGAUAUCACAACUGGUGCUUCAAUUUACAGCUCCGUCUUGGUACUUCCUUACAGCGUUUACAUGCCAGCUAAAAUUGUCCAUUGCGCCAGGAGCAUCACAGAAAUUUUGUCCCAUUUUGCAUUGUUUUAUUUGCGCUAUGUUAUUGGCUUAACUGCUUCUGCUGUGAGAAACAAUGACUAAUUUUGACUAUCUUAAAUUACAUUAUAUAAUGGAACCUGUGGCAAAGAACAAAGGGAGCACAUUUUGAACCUAUUUCAAUCUGUGAUCGUUUACAGUUGCGAUAUCUUCAGUAUAAAAAGAUCUUAUUUUCAGAGUAUGAUCCAUUUGUUUAAACAAUGGGAGACCCUGAAUACCUGUAAAUCAUUGUUUUUACUUUCUUUAAGUAUCAGAGUUGGGCCCUAGCUUCAGCUUCCUUAUAGAUCAAGCUUCACCUAUCUAUAUUGUAGGGACAACGGAGCACUGGCUGAAUGUGCUCAUAAUUGAGAAUUGUGACUUGUAGAUAAAAAUGAAACUGGACGGGAUGCGAUGAAUUUUUGAAUAAUAAAUUUUACCUGUUCCAUGAUAUAAUAUGCAAGUUUUAAUUUCAGAAUGUGCUGUGUAUGUGUUUGAGGAAAUUGCAUAAACUGCUGUGAUCAGUGUAUGAAAUGCGAGUUUUUACAUAUACAAAUAAAUAAAGUAGCUCCUGACACCUC